AUGGACAUGGCGUCCAGAGCACCAAAAAGCAUUCGCAGAACUAAAGAAUCUGAUCGCAUCGGAUGCGGUCCUAAUUCAUUACUCUCCGGACCGCCCACUGAUCUUAACUUGCGAUGCGUCACCAUACGGCCUGGAACCAAAAUAAGUAAUGCAGAUUUCCUAAGCCGCUGGCCAACGUCGGAUAUACACUAUGAGCCUAGAACGGAAGAAGUUUUCAUGAUCGAAUGGGCAACUGAUCCCACUGUCACCGCGAACACCCUAGCUACCAACACGUCUAAGGAUUGCAGCCUCAGAAAGGUGCUCAACUGGGUGUUAAGGGGAUGGAGUAGUGCUAAAGUUCAGCGUAAUGAUGACCUGUACCCUUUCUUCGUGCGGCGAAACGAACUGACCAGUAAUCAAGGAAUAUUAUUUUGGGGUAAUCGAGCAGUUAUUCCCUUGACGGACAGGCAGGAAAUUCUCUCUGCGUUGCACGCGCACCAUCCCGGAAUCGUUAGAAUGAAGGCUUUAGCCCGCAGUUACGUCUGGUGGCCCGGUUUGGAUGCAGAUAUCGAGAAGGCGGUGAGUCAAUGUUUAGCGUGCCAACAUACGAGAAAUCCCCCCCCACGAUCGGACGUACAUCACUGGGAGUCUGCCAAGAAACCAUGGUCCCGCUUGCACAUUGAUUUUGCCGGACCUUUCCGAGGGAACACGUUUGUGUUAGUCGUCGACUCUUUUACGAAGUGGCUUGAAGUCUGCCUCGUAAAAUCGACAUCCGCGUCAGCUGCAAUCACCUUCCUUCGGCAACUGUUCGCCACCCAUGGCAUUCCGGAUGAAAUCGUGUCCGACAACGGAACUGCUUUCACCUCCGAGGAGUUUAUGUUGUUUACAAAAAACAAUCGGAUCCGUCAUAUCCGAUCCGCGCCGUUCCACCCUGCAACCAACGGACAGGCUGAACGAAUGGUUCAAACCACGAAGAGUUACCUGAAGAAACUAGAUCGUCAAACAGAUGUCAACUUAGCAUUGGCUCGUUUCUUGUUUGACCAGCAUACUACGCCCCAUUCCGUUACGAAGCAUUCGCCAGCGGAGUUACUAUUCAAUAGGGAGCUCCAGACAUUCUUUGACAAAUUAAGUCCAGGCGAAAGAUCAUAUGGUAAGAUCUGCGAUGCCCAAACUAAAAAGUCUUUUGUUACAGGCAGCCCUGUUUGGGUCCGAAACUAUGCAAGCGGUCCCAAGUGGCUUGAGGGCCACGUCUCGAAGCGAACGGGACCGAUUCGGUGUGUCUCGAGGACGACCGAACAGUCAGGCGACAUCUGGAUCAGCUGCGAUUGCGCAGUCCUUCGCAGCAGCCAACACCAGAGCAGACAGCAUCACCAACUUGCUAUUCCACUCCAACCCCAACUGACGCAGUAG